AUGCGCGUGCUGCACUGGUUCGGACCGUGCAUCUGGGGAGAGGAUAGCGGUUACGCGGUCAUCAAGUCAUUCUGGCAUCGAACUGCGAUCGGGCGAGCUCUCACGGAAAGGUUUUGGAACGCCAUCGGCAGCGAUGUGAUCGGGCUAAUGGGAUUUGACAAAGAUCCUGAGAUUGGAAAGCUCAAGCCUACUUGCGACGCAAUGACCACGGGCUGCACCUUCAGUAUCCUCAACUAUGAGACCGACUUUUUCGAGCCCAUCCGCAACGGCACUGUAAGAAUCCAUCUGGCGGACAUCUCCCACCUAAGCGAGGGCAAGGUUCAUCUAGAUGAUUCUGACGGGACGGUACUCGAGUCGAACGCAAUGCUCUGUGUGACUGGCUGGAAGCACUCGCCACCUUUGAAGUUUCUGCCCGAGGGUAUCGAGAAGCGGAUAGGUCUGCCAUACUCUCGGUCAGCUGAAGAUGCAGCUUUGUCUCCGGAUGAGAGCCUAGCGGCACAGGCGAAUCUUGUCGCACAAGCAGAUGCUGAGAUCCAGCAGCUGUUUCCUGGGCUCAAGGUGCCUCCGAAGUUCAACCCGAACUACGUGCCGCUAGCAGAUACGAAGGCAUUCAAAUUUGCCAAUGGUGAGACUCAGGCGUCGGCUAUAUCCCAGACGCCAUUCAUGCUAUAUCGCUUCAUGGUUCCCGGCACGGCCGAUUUCCUGCGCAGCAAGGACCUUGCAUUUGCAGGUGCCAUCAUGAACUUUAGCAACGUGAUCUGCGCUCACGCACAGGGCCUGUGGAUUAGUGCAUAUUUUGAUGGGAAGCUUGCGCGAGACCCCAGCUCCGCAGUUCUGGAUUCGGACGGUGUUGACGGCCACCUCGUUGCGAAUGGCAGCAUCUUGACACUCAACCAAGUGCACUACCAAACUAUUUUGCACAACCGAUUUGGCAAAUGGCGGUACCCCAAUGAUCCAGGAAGCAGAUACCCUGAUUUCGUCUUUGAGGCGGUACCCUAUUUGGAUAUGAUGAUGGCUGAUAUGGGCCUGAGAGUUCAUCGGAAGACUGGCUGGUUCAAAGAGAUUGUGGACCCAUAUGGCCCGGAGGACUAUUCUGAUAUCAACGACGAGUGGAACGCAAAGUUUUGCAAAGAUUAG